AUGAGGACUAUAGCAACACUUUCGGUGCUGGCAUCAGUCGCCACUGCACAGAUAGAGACGUUCUCUUUCAGCACAAGUGCUACUGCAGAUAGCGGCCAGGCUACCUCAACUGCAUCUGUCUCAGGGCCCAUAGAGACGGGCAAAGCAUGUGGGCAGAUCGCAGAAUUGGUGGUUGAGACCACAGUCAUUGAUGCAGAGCUCGCAUAUGCCUGCCUCAAGUCCGUACCAAUCGACAAAGAUGCCGCGACCGAUACGUUGAAAUCUGUAAAGAACAUGGUAGAAUGGCAAUCAACGCUGUCGUAUCUGAAGGACCCACCGGAGGGAUAUGGAGACGAGGGUGUGGAUCUCCAACAAGGACUGGACGACAUCAGCAAAAAGAUCUCGAACGGCGGUUACGAUAAUGAAUACGAUUUCGAGAUCGACAUUGCGAGUCUGCUUGUAAAGGCACACGACGGGCAUCUCACAUUCUCCGGAAUGGCUCACGCGGGAGUGUUCACCUGGCGCAGGGACCGCGAAAUUGCGCUCAUCUCGGGCUCCGAAGACGGCACAAGCGAUCCGAAGAUCUGGGGUAUUGGGGACUUCAACAAGACCUUGGGCGGAAACGUGAAGCGAUCUGCAAUCUCGCAGAUCGAUGGUAAGGAUGCGGUACAGUUCGUCAAAGAUGAGAGCAUGAACACUACCUACCAUGACCCUGACUCGCGCUACAACUCCAUGUUCUACAUGCAGCCAGCAGAGAACUAUGGUUUCUUCGCCAACCCUCGCUUUUAUCCAGGUCCUUCGGUGAACAUCUCGUAUGAGAACGGCACCUCGCGUGAAUUCGUUAAUUCGGCUGUCGUUGUCGAGCCGAAUGACUGGCUCAAGGUCAAGGACGGGCAGGACUUCUACGACACCUUCAUUGUCCCGCGCUCGCAGAUCUUUGAGACGACCGAGACGAAGAAGAGGUCAAUGCAACACAACAAACCUCGGCAUGUGGAGUACCCGCGUGAAGCAGAGCUCAACCGCCGAUGGGUACCCUGGGCUUACCCUACAGCCAUUAUUGAGCACAAAUCGGAGGACGUCAAACUCGCUGGCUACUUCGUUGACACCGGCGCUGGGAAAGUGGGCGUCCUGAUGGUGCAAACAUUCGAUGUAGAAGCCGGUGAAGGCAACAACGACGAAGCCAGGGAGUUCCAGGCUGUGGUCCAAGAGUACAUCAGCCAGGCCAAGGACCAAAAAGUCGACAAGCACAUCAUUGACGUGCGAACGAACGGUGGUGGUAAGAUCCUCCUCGGAUACGACUUGUUCCUUCAGUUCUUCCCCAAAGAGCAACCUCAGCUCCUGUCGCGAUGGCGUGGGCACAAAGGCUCCGAGCUCUUCGGCGAGAAGCUGUCUUCUAUCCAAACGUUGACCGAGGAGACCGGCAAUUUGUACACCUCACCAUUCAACUACCACUCCUACGUGGGUGCCGAUGAUAAAGACUUCUCCGACUUCAAAGCUAUGUACCCACCAGAGAAGUUCAACGACGAAUCCUUCACCAGCCUCCUCAAGUACAACCUCUCCGAUCCGAUCGAAACCUCCAACGACACCUACUCUAUUGGUAUCAGCAUGACCGGAUAUCUUGACCGUUCCAACUUUACCAGCCAACCCUUCAAGACCGAAGAUAUCAUCAUCCUCUCCGAUGGUAUCUGUGCUUCCACCUGCUCCCUCUUCACCGAGUUGAUGGUGCAGCAAGCCGGUGUCAAAACCCUCGCUGUCGGCGGUCUUCCUUCUACAGGCCCCAUGCAGGUCGUCGGCGGCACCAAGGGCUCCAUGCUGUUGCCCUCCGAUUAUCUAAUACAAACCUCGUCCAACGUCAUCAGCGAGUACGCAACGAGCGAUUCUGAGGUCAACGACUGGCGCGAUUUCUUGCCCCAGGCCUUCAGCAUCGCGGUCAGCUCCGCCGGUGUCAACUUCCAAGACAACAUCCGCAAGGGCCUUGAGAAAGACGGCGUCCCGACGCAAUUCCUGAACGACACCGCUAAUUGCAGAAUCUACUACGAGCCCAGCAUGUACCUCAACGUGUCGGCGCUGUGGAGUAAAGCGGCUGAGGUGGCCUUUGGCAAAGACGGUGGCAUGGACGAGGACGCGUGCGUCGCGGGCUCAGUGACCAGCACACAGAACCAGACUAGCAAUGGCCAAGGCACCACAUCAAGCGGCGGUAACAGCGGCACUGGAACCAACGGUGGCAGUCCAAGCGGAACUGGAAGCAGCGACGGGAGCUCGCCGAGUCCUUCAGGAUCCCAGGGCGCUGCUGCGGGUGUUAUCAGGCCUGCGCAAGGCGGCUGGGGCGCGAUCUUCGUGUGUAGCGCGGUGGUGCUGGGGUCGAUGGCUUUCGGGGCGAGCUUGGUGUGA